GAGCACGCAGGGAGCACGCGCUACCUUUGUCUUCCUUUUGGGAACCGCCUCCUUGGUCCGCGCAAGGAGGCCUCCCCACGUGCCGCUGGUGAUGGCUGCGCUGGCCUUUGUCCACCUGUCGCCUGGCUGCCGACUUGACCCGAGCGCACUCGUGCCCCCAGAAGCGCUCGGUUUCCGCUGUUCAGGCCGGCGCCCUCCUGUAACGGCCUUGAGACGUGGGUGUCGUCUCCACAGAGGUCUGUGAGUCACUCGGGACCUGUGGGCCGGAGACCUCCCAGGCCCCUGAUCCUGCUGUGCAUCUGUGCUGCCGGCGGAGACGAGGGGGCGGGGGUGUCCCUGUCCCUCUGCCUCUCCCGCGGCAGCUUCUGUCACUUCACCCGGAAACUGCGUGUCUCCUGCAGGUCGGGUGCUCGGCCUCCCCCGAUGAGCCCGUGGCUGGGACUGGCGGCGGGAACCGCGGCGCUCCGGGGGAUACACGGGUGUGCCUGGCCGGGACCCCCAGGUGUAGCGUCUCCUCCUUUCCAGACGCGGCGCUCUCUCCUGCGGAGGGCUCGCCCGGUUGGUGGUGCUGGUCUCACGCUCUGUCUCCCGAGACGAGAGCUCGGCGGCUCUGGGCGGACGGUGUGAUGAAGCCUCUGGUGCCAUGAGGGGUCUGAUUGCGGAUUCGGCAGCCAUCGGGGUCGCUUUGCAGGUUCCCAGGUGUGAGGGCAUCAGGACUGAGCCAGGGCGAGAUCUAGAUUCCUGCGGAGCUGGGGGCAGCUCUGAGAGCCACGCUGCAGGCCCACCGCGGAGCUGGGCCGCCGGCACCGGCGCCACAAAGCCCGUGGUUCCCAGGACGCGGUUCUUACUCUGCGGUCCUGGAGGUCGGAAGUAUAAAAGGGGGCGUCUGGGUGGCCCAGUCGGCUGAGUGUUGGACUCUUGAUUUCGGCUCAGGUGGCGUGGUCCGGGCGGUGCAGUGGAGCCCUGCGCGUGGCUCUGCACUCCGUGUGGGGCUGCUGGAGACUCUGUUCCCGUCCCUCUGCUUCUCUGUCCUGUCGCUCUUUUUCUCUGAAACAAGCAUAUGAAUCAUUCAACACUGUAUUUCCAAGUAUAAACUGGAGAGUUGUCUUCCCCCCGGGGCCCAGGGAGACCCGGCUCCUGCCCUUGCCUGGCCCGCGGCCCCCUCCAUCCUUCCUGCCAGCAGCGCCGGGUCUGCCCGUCUCUGGGACCCCCGCCCUCUGCCUCCCUCUCGUGAGGACCUGGUGAGCCACGGAGGUAGGAUUGAGCUUGGAAGAAGUGAGCGUAGACGAGCAGUUCGGAGGAGUGCGCACCGCGUGUGGGUGGUCCGGGAAGGCUUCCUGAAGGAGGUCCCUCUACCUAAACCGUCACCAUGGACUUCCAGCAUCGCCCCGGGGGCAAGACGGGGAGCGGAGGCGUGGCCUCCUCCUCUGAGAGCAACCGAGACCGCAGGGAGCGCCUCCGGCAGCUGGCCCUGGAGACCAUCGACAUCAACAAGGACCCGUACUUCAUGAAGAACCACCUGGGCUCGUACGAGUGCAAGCUGUGUCUGACCCUGCACAACAACGAGGGGAGCUACCUGGCGCACACCCAGGGGAAGAAGCAUCAGACCAACCUGGCCCGGCGAGCCGCCAAGGAGGCCAAGGAGGCCCCCGCCCAGCCGGCGCCCGAGAAGGUCAAGGUGGAGGUGAAGAAGUUUGUGAAGAUUGGGCGCCCCGGCUACAAAGGACAAGGUGGCUUGGACUUGAGAGCCUCGUGUGUUGCAGUGACCAAGCAGAGGGACACGGAGAUGGGCCAGCAGAGCCUCCUCUUCCAGAUCGACUACCCUGAGAUCGCCGAGGGCGUCACGCCUCGCCACCGCUUCAUGUCCGCCUACGAGCAGAGGAUCGAGCCGCCCGACCGGCGCUGGCAGUACCUGCUCAUGGCCGCCGAGCCCUACGAGACCAUCGCCUUCAAGGUGCCGAGCAGGGAGAUUGAUAAGGCCGAAGGCAAGUUCUGGACUCACUGGAAUCGGGAAACCAAGCAGUUUUUCCUGCAGUUCCACUUCAAGAUGGAGAAGCCGCCGGCCCCGCCCAGCCUCCCUGCGGGGCCUCCGGGAGUGAAGAGACCCCCACCCCCCCUGAUGAAUGGUCUGCCUCCGCGGCCGCCGCUGCCGGAGGCUCUGCCCCCACCACCGCCGGGAGGCCUGCCUCUGCCACCCAUGCCACCCAGCGGGCCUGCACCCUCGGGGCCUCCGGGCCCUCCCCAGCUGCCCCCCCCAGCUCCCGGGGUCCACCCCCCAGCUCCUGGGGUCCACCCCCCAACAUCUGGGGUCCACCCCCCAGCUCCCGGGGUCCACCCCCCGGCACCGGUGGUCCACCCCCCCGCACCGGUGGUCCACCCCCCGACGUCUGGGGUCCACCCCCCGGCUCCCGGCGUCCACCCGCCCCCAUCUGCUGGGGUUCACCCCCAGGCCCCAGGGGUGCAUCCACCGGCUCCUACGGUACACCCCCAGGCCCCUGGGGUCCACCCCCAGGCCCCUGGGGUCCACCCACCGGCCCCAGGGAUCCACCCCCAGCCUCCUGGGGUCCACCCCCCACCUCCUGGAGUCCACCCAUCAGCUCCUGGGGUCCAUCCUCCAGCUCCUGGGGUCCACCCCCAGCCUCCUGGGGUUCACCCCUCAAAUCCUGGGGUCCACCCCCCCACUCCCAUGCCCCCCAUGCUGAGGCCUCCCCUGCCCUCCGAAGGCCCUGGGAACAUUCCGCCCCCUCCCCCAGCCAACUGAAGAGCGGCCCCUUUUCCAGGCCAGCCCCAUGUGGUGCGUUCUUGUGUGCUCUGUCGGAGCGGAGUGCGGUCCUCUUGUACGGCCCGUGUCGCGUCCUCAGUGCUCAUUAAACGUCUGCCCC